AUGGAGCUUUCUGCAGCGUCUGAAGAUAAAACGCAUCAUGAUUCAACAGACGUUUCUGACCGUGCUGGCUGGCCAAUCAGAGAGAGGAACCAUCCUUCCUGUAAAGAGGCUCUAACAGCUGCUCUCGGCCUCCUUCUGCUCUGUGCUUUGGUGGCUCACUCUGUUCUGGGGAUCCUGUAUAACAAUAAAAAAGCUUCAUAUGAAGCAUUAAGUGAGCAGUAUAGCAGUGCUGUAGAAAGACUGUCGGUGCAGGAACGCAACGCUAGCGAGUUAAAAUCUCACUGGGAUCAGGUUCAAGUGAACUAUGAGAACGCAGUAAAACGUCUUGAGGCAUUCAAAGAAGAGUGUCAGAAGUGUGCUCUGUGUGCAGAAGGGUGGAGGUCUUUUGGUGCGAAGUGCUACUACUUCUCUACUAAUGAACUGAACUGGAUGAAUAGCAGAGAUUACUGUGCUGAGAAAGGAGGCCAUCUGGUUAUAAUAACCAGCCAAGCUGAGCAGGAUUUUCUAUCUUCACGCGCUCAUGAAACUCACUGGAUCGGGCUGAAUGACUUGGAGACUGAGGGAAAGUGGGUGUGGGUGAACAACCAGACCCUGACUGAGACGGGAGUGACAUUCUGGCAUAAGAGGAAGGAUGAAGCACACGAGCCUGAUAACUGGAGAGAGGAGGACGAAUCAGGAGAGAACUGUGCUGCUCUGGGCAAUGAGUCGAGUGGCACAUAUAUUUGGUUUGAUGCUUCUUGCCUUAAAAAGAAAAAAUACAUUUGUCAAAAGUAAAACUACAGAACUUGAUUGUAUAAAAAUGUACCAAAGUGACUUUUUUAAAAUUAUUUACAUUUAUAUAUUACAUGUUUUGCCAAAACUGUGAUUUUCCAGCAAUGCUGCUUUUC